UCUCUCUCUUUCUUUUUUUUCUCUCUCUCUCUCUCUCCCUCUGUCUCCAAGAUGCUGAUGCUUUUUCUCUGAUUAAUUCCAAAAAAUUAAUCGAUUAAUCAAAUCUAAAGGUGGCGGAAUCGUGUUGAUUAAUAUAAACAACAUGGAGAGUACGGAUUCAUCAUCGGGUUCAAAACAACCGCAGUUACCGCCGGGCUUCCGCUUCCACCCUACCGACGAAGAGUUGGUGGUUCAUUACCUCAAGAAAAAAGCAGCCUCCGCCCCUCUUCCCGUCGCCAUCAUCGCCGAAGUAGACCUCUACAAGUUUGAUCCAUGGGAGCUUCCAGAUGUAGCUAAGGCGACGUUUGGGGAGCAAGAAUGGUAUUUCUUUAGUCCGAGAGAUCGGAAAUAUCCAAACGGAGCUCGGCCGAACAGGGCUGCAACAUCAGGAUACUGGAAAGCUACCGGAACUGAUAAACCGGUGUUGACGUCCGGUGGGACUCAAAAAGUUGGUGUAAAGAAAGCACUUGUUUUCUAUGGAGGGAAGCCACCAAAAGGGACGAAAACGAAUUGGAUCAUGCAUGAGUAUCGUCUUGCUGACAAUAAAACGAUCUCCAAACCACCUGGAUGUGAUCCCACCAAUAAAAAAGCUUCCUUGAGGUUGGAUGAUUGGGUUUUAUGUCGAAUCUACAAGAAGAACAAUAUGCAGAGACCAGUUGAUAGCGAUGGUGGCGAUCACACCAUGGCCGGGAUGCUGGCAUCUAUACCGCCGUCAGUAUCACUUGGUGCCAGUAGACAGACAUCAGCGUAUAAUGCAAUGCUGGAGAAUCAUGAACACAACAUUGUUUUCGAUACUAUGCUAACCUCAAACGACAACAACCUUAACGUUAACGUCAAUCUCCUUCCGAUCAAAAGAUCUCUCCCUGGUUUGUUCUGGAAUGAAGAAGGUCCUACGACUACGAGUAACUCUCCCUACACCAAGAGGUUUCUUGCAGAGAGCAACAGCGACGUCGGCGGCGUUAUGGCGACAAGAACCACCGAUGAGAACGGUGGUUCAAUCGCUAGUCUCCUCAGCCACUUACCCCAAACCACACAAAUGCACCACCAGCAACCCAUGUUAGGCUCCAUCGGAGAUGGCGUUUAUCGACAAUCUUAUCAGUUACCUGGCGUCAACUGGUACUCGUAAAUCAGUUUUGGGAUGUGGGUAUGAAUGAAAACACUAAAUUAUACUACAUGUUAAUAUAUAUAUAUAUAUAUAUAUAUAUAUAUAUAUAUAUAUAUAUAUAUAUAUAUAUAUAUAUAUAUAUAUAUAUAUAUAUAUAUAUAUAUAUAUAUAUAUAUAUAUAUAUAUAUAUAUUUCUGUAUGUAUAUAUAUGAUAUAUAAUACACAUAUAUUGUUUCGAGUUUCGAUUAAAACGCUAAAACUAGAUGCAACUUAUAUAUCAACGGUGAGGGGGUGAACAUGGCGAUAUGAGUUUUUGCGAGGAGAAUAGUUGUAAUUUGUUGCCAAUUUCUGUUUAAGCAGGUUCUCUGUAGAGAUAUGAAGA